ACCCCAAAAGCCUCCAUCACCUUCCCCCCACCUCUCUCUCUCUCUCUCUCUCUCUGAGGAACAUUUCCAUACCUAUAUCUCCGCCUGAUUCUCUAAUACUUAAUGCAUGUGUAUCCGUCUCUCUCUAACCGCGUCCUGAUUCUGCGUUGAUGACCUAACUUCUUUCUCCCUUUCUCUCUCUUUCUAAGAUCCUUAACUCUUGGUUCUGAGUUUGGGUUUCUUUUUUUAGUUUUUGAAUUUUGGCAUAAAUCAAAAUAUAUGGAAUUUUGAUGAAACCCAGUGUUUGUCGCUCAGAAGGGGUUGAGUUCCAUCGAUGAUCCGAGGCUGCUGACAGAGAACACUUUUUCAUUUUUUUUUUUCUGUAGACUCAAAAAUUGAAGAUGAAGAGAGCAAAAUUCGACUUGGUCUUGUCUUUCAGCCGGAAGAAGUCGGUGCAGAUUUUGAUUUUCAUGGGGCUUGUGUAUGUAAUCAUGGUGGUUUUAGAGGUGCCUUUUGUGUUCAGAACUGGGUUCAGUUCAGUGUAUCAGGAGGGGUUCGGAAAUGGGGGGUACUUGAGUUCGAGUUCGAGGCCCGAAGUGCUGGAUAGCGAGGAGAGUUUGGAAGAGAAAGAAGCCCCGAAUCGGCCACUAGACGUUGCGUUUCGGGUCCCAAUCGAUUCAUGGCCCGAAAGGAGGAUCAAGGAGUUGCCUAAUCACCCGCUCUCGACCUUGGUGCUCGACGGCAGCUUCUCGAAUGUGAGCAGCAAACAUGGGUUUGCUGGGAUUCUGAAGUCCGCUACGGAGGCUUUCGAAUUGGGGAAAAAGGUCUGGGAGGAGCUCGAAUUGCUCAGAGAAGAAACGGUUUCAAUGGAGACUAGUAACAAGACGGAGGAAUGCCCACAGUCGAUUUCCAUAUCGGCGGAGGAAUUUUCCGCUAAAGGGAGAAUGAUGGUGUUGCCGUGUGGGCUGACUUUGGGGUCGCAUAUAGCGGUGGUGGGGAGACCGAAAUUGGCCCACCCGGAAAGCGACCCGAAGAUUUCAUUGCUAAAGGAAGGGCAGUACUUGAUGGUUUCCCAGUUUAUGAUGGAGUUGCAGGGGCUAAAGACCGUGGACGGCGAAGACCCACCUAGGAUUAUGCAUUUCAACCCCCGGUUGAAGGGAGAUUGGAGUGGGAAGCCCGUGAUCGAGCAUAACACUUGUUAUAGGAUGCAGUGGGGAACCGCUCAACGCUGCGAGGGCUGGCGCUCCAGGGAUGAUGAGGAGACUGUGGAUGGCCAGGUCAAGUGUGAAAAGUGGAUUCGUGAUGAUGAUAAUAGUUCUGAACAAUCGAAGGCUACUUGGUGGUUAAACCGGCUGAUGGGUCGAACAAAGAAGGUUACUGUUGAUUGGCCAUUCCCAUUUUCAGAGGACAAGUUGUUUGUGCUAACUCUUAGCGCUGGCUUGGAGGGUUAUCAUGUUAAUGUUGAUGGGAGGCAUGUGACCUCAUUUCCAUACCGCAUUGGAUUUGCGCUUGAGGAUGCCACCGGCUUAUCAUUGAACGGAGACGUUAAAGUUCAUUCAGUCUUUGCUGCCUCCUUGCCCACAUCACAUCCAAGUUUUGCUCCUCAAAAACAUCUCGAAAUGUCAAACAGAUGGAAGGCUCCACCGCUUCUUGAUCGACCUGUGGAACUAUUCAUCGGUAUUUUAUCUGCAGGCAACCAUUUUGCUGAGCGUAUGGCUAUUAGGAGGUCAUGGAUGCAGCAUAAGCUUAUCAAAUCUUCAAAUGCUGUGGCUCGAUUCUUUGUUGCACUGCAUGCAAGAAAAGAGGUGAAUUCGGAGCUAAAGAAAGAAGCUGAAUUUUUUGGUGACAUUGUCAUAGUUCCAUACAUGGACAACUAUGACCUUGUUGUUCUGAAAACCGUUGCUAUCUGUGAAUAUGGGGUUCACGUAGUAUCGGCUAAAAAUAUCAUGAAAUGUGACGAUGACACAUUCGUGAGAUUAGACGCGGUAGUAAAGGAAGUAAAUAAAAUACCCAAGGAUAAGAGCUUCUAUAUUGGUAAUAUCAAUUAUUACCAUAAGCCCCUGCGAAGUGGUAAAUGGGCGGUAACAUAUGAGGAAUGGCCGGAAGAAGAUUAUCCGCCUUAUGCGAAUGGGCCAGGAUACAUAGUUUCAUCUGAUAUUGCACACUUCAUAGUGUCUGAUUUCGAUAAACGCAAGUUGAAGUUGUUCAAGAUGGAGGAUGUGAGCAUGGGAAUGUGGGUAGAGAAGUUCAAUAGCACAAAGGCAGUGAAGUAUGUGCACAGUUUGAAGUUCUCCCAGUCAGGGUGCAUAGAUGAUUAUUACACAGCUCACUACCAGUCUCCUAGACAGAUGAUUUGCAUGUGGAACAAACUGCAACAAGGAAAGCCUCAGUGCUGCAACAUGCGAUGACACUUUAGGAUCAUCUUUUCCCUAAAAAGGCUAUCUUUGAAUCUUGUCUUGUAAGAGAAACAAAGGGAUAAA